AUGAGAUUCAUUCACGUAUUUCAGCGGAGGGUUUGACUGAUCUGACAGCAGCUAUGACUGAGGGAACGCACCUGCGGAGGCGAGGGGGGCCGUAUAAGACUGAGCCAGCCACAGACCUAAGCCGCUGGAGGCUGACCAAUGUGGAGGGCCGGCAGACGUGGCGGUACCUGGAAGAUCAGGAGACCGCAGACAGAGAGCAGAGCAUGCUGGAGGCCCAUUCACUCGGCUUGGACACGAGUAAGUUCGUGUCCGACUCUCCAGCCGCCCACACUGCUGUGGACGCCGCAGUGAAAGGCAUGCACUUCUACAGUCAAUUGCAGGCCGAGGACGGUCACUGGGCAGGAGACUAUGGAGGGCCUCUCUUCCUGUUGCCAGGUCUCCUGAUCACCUGCCAUGUAGCUAAGAUCUCUCUGCCUGAGGCCUGGAAGAAGGAGAUGGUGAGGUACCUGCGCUCAGUCCAGCUCCCUGAUGGAGGCUGGGGUCUACAUGUUGAAGACAAGUCCACCGUCUUUGGCACAGCGCUGAGUUACACCUCACUUCGGAUCCUGGGAGUGGAUCCCGAUGAUCCAGACAUGGUUCGUGCCAGGAACAACCUGCACAGCAAAGGUGGAGCAGUUGGGAUUCCCUCGUGGGGGAAAUUCUGGUUGGCCAUUUUGAACGUCUACAGCUGGGAGGGAAUGAACACGCUCCUGCCUGAGAUGUGGUGAGUGGGAGAUGAUUUCCAGGCUGCAGAAUCAUUGAGCUCCGACGGCGUGUCCGACGGCGUGUCCGACGGCGUGUCCGACGGCGUGUCCGUCUACGUGCCGUCGGCUGCUGAGCAUGAGAAACCCAGAGAUGGUGGGUUUGCCACAUAUGAAACUAAGAGAGGAGGGAGACUCCUGGAGCUGCUCAACCCCUCUGAGGUGUUCGCUUUUGCCUUCAAACACAUUGUUUUAGUUUACUUGUUUGUUUUAUGCUUUGGGAUUAAUCCAAUCUCUUCUCUGACACAGGGGACGAAUGGAUCUCAGCUCUGGGACACCUGCUUUGCUGUGCAGGCUUACCUCGAGGCAGGAGCUCAGGACGACCCAAAACUAGCUGAAUGCCUUCGAGACGCCCAUCAGUUUCUCACUAUCACACAGAUCCCAGAGAAUCCUCCUCAAUAUCAGAAGUACUACAGACAGAUGAAUAAGGGAGGUUUCCCUUUCAGUACCCGUGACUGUGGUUGGAUUGUGGCCGACUGCACUGCAGAAGGCCUGAAGUCACUGAUGCUGCUGCAGGAGCUCUGCCCCUCCAUCAGGCAGCCCGUCUCCUCUGAGCGUCUGUGUGAUGCCGUCAACGUGGUGAGCGACAUCAUGAUUGAUUACACAUAUGUGGAGUGCACCUCAGCAGUUAUGCAGGCUCUGAGGCAUUUUCAGAAGGUCUACCCUGAUCACCGUGCAGAGGAGAUAAGGUCGACUCUGAGAGAGGGGCUGGAGUACUGCAGGAAGGUUCAGAGACCUGAUGGAUCUUGGGAAGGGUCCUGGGGAGUCUGCUUCACGUAUGGGAUGUGGUUUGGCCUGGAAGCUUUUGCUUGCAUGGGUCACGUGUACGAGAAUGGACAUGUGUGCGAAGAGGUGCAGAAAGCCUGUCGGUUCCUGCUGGACCGGCAGAUGCCAGAGGGAGGGUGGGGGGAGGACUUUGAGUCAUGUGAGCAGCGUCGCUACAUCCAGAGUGGCUCCGCUCAGAUACACAACACCUGCUGGGCUCUGUUAGGGCUGAUGGCUGUCAGGCAUCCUGACAGCAAGUCCAUUGAGAGGGGAGUACAGAUGCUGAUUGACAAGCAGUUGUCCAGCGGAGACUGGCCACAGGAGAAUAUUGCAGGUGUGUUCAAUAAAAGCUGUGCCAUCAGCUACACCUCAUACAGAAACGUCUUCCCGAUCUGGACCCUCGGCCGCUUCUCACGACUUUAUCCCACCAGUGGGCUGGCCGGGAAGGUCAAGCUCUGAACAGACUGCAUGCCAAAAAACAUCAUUGUCUCCAACAAAAAAUAGAAAAACAACAUUUACUGGAACACAUAAUCUCUGUUUUUAAGUCACACCUGAAAUGACUCAAUGAACGUGCACCGUUGAUGUGUUUCAGCUGCGAACACGUUUCAUUCUUUGAAAUACUUCCUGUCCACACAGCCAGAGCUCCUCCUUAAAAUCCUUUCUCAGUCUGAUCUUAAACAUUCAUGUGUACAAAACAGACUCCUGUCCAUGUUGCCUUACAUCCCCUUUUACUUGUAGUUUACUCUUUAUUUGAUCUUAAUAAUUAAAAAAGAAAUACAGA